AUGUUAGCAGCGGCACAAAACAUACCACAGUCACCGUUUAUUGGCCCGAAUUACAGAGUAAAUGCGGAUGGGAGUACGGUAGACAGCCAGCCUUGCAGUAUGGAAAAUUUGAUCAAAAAUGGGUUCAUGCCCACACCUUUGAAUUGUGAUGGCAUGAUGGUGGGAUGUAAGUUAAAGAUACUGUAUAAUAUAAAAAAUACAGUAAAAUCACAUUUUUUUUAAAACUACAGUAUCCUGCUUUAUACAAUAGUUAAAAUUAUAACCAAAAAGAUAAUUUUACAGCAUGUUACUAAUUUUUACAAAGAUAUUUUACAAUAUUUAAACACUAAUAUUUAAAUUUUGUUACAGUAUGACUACAGUUGUUAAAUUAAUACUUUUUUGUUUUAAUAGUAACAAACUUGUUAAAAAAUUUAUGUUACAGUAGUAAUAAAAAAAAACUUUUUUGUUACAGUAUCCAAAAAAUCAUCUUUUUUAGCUUUCUAGUACUGAAAUUGGUAUUAAUUUAUGUUACCUUACCAAAAUCAAAAAAAAAUUUUUUGUUACAGUAUGACUACAGUACUCAUUAAACCACAAUUUUUGAUUUUCAAAAAACAUUAAUAAUUUUAUACUACAGUACUUCUUCUAAAAAUUUUAUUUUUUUAAAUUUUACAGUAGGCCCAUGGGAUCUCCUCCACGCCCAAGCCCUUCGAUUAUACGCCUCCAACUUUAUUCAACAGAACAAGUCGUACCGAAGAAGGAAGGCUCGUACUGUCUUUUCGGACGCUCAACUUCAAGGUCUCGAGAAUCGCUUUGAACUUCAAAGAUAUCUCUCCACGCCAGAACGAAUCGAACUGGCUGCUUCUUUACAACUUAGUGAGACCCAAGUAGGUUAACAUGUUUUAAAUCGAAAUCUACUAUAAAUUUUAAAAUUAUAGGCCUAGGCGUGGGUUUUAGGUCCGGCCACAUUGAAAAAAAAGUUAUUAUUAGGUUUGUCAAAUAAUUCUGUGCCCCUAACCCAAACAAUUUAUUUUAAGAUAGAGCACAGAAUUAAUUGAACAACUUAUAGGAGCACAGAAUUAUUUGAACAAAAAUUAAUUAAAAAAUUUUAAAAAAUGUGCCAAAAACGCGUACGCCACUUGAGAUUCCAAGGACGUCUCCGAUCCAAGUACUAAUCAAGCGCACCGUUGCUUAACUUGCCAGAUCGGACGGGAUGGCGUGCGUUCAACGGGCUAUGGGCGUACACAUUUGAUUUUUAUUCUUUUUCAAAGACAGUGGAAAGAGAUUCUGCCUUCUAUGAAAAACACUUUAUCUAUUGCUUUUUCCCUACCUGUAGCUUAUCUUUUGAACGUAGUGAUAGGUACACACAUGAUAGACAUAAUAAUAUAAAAAUUAGAGAAUGAGACGUCUCAAUAAAGAUGAAAGGAAGCAAAAGCUUUAGAUAAGAGACAAUUAGAGAGAGAAAACAACUCCAAAAUGUCUGUCGCUCUCAAUUAAAAGGUAAAUUUUCGUUUUAAUGCGCUUAAGAAUAAAGUGGACUUCCUCGGUUUAUUAACCCAAGUUUGAGGUUAGCUCAUGUUUCGGCUCUGUAUCUUCAGUGGCUGAUCAAAGAGAAAUUUUGGAACGCUCUGCAUAUUGUGGAGCUCAUAUAAAUAGCACAAGAAACCUAUACUUUACCCUAGCUUUGUCUACGCUGCUCUACUUUACUUUAACAUUUACUCUGUGACUGUCUACUCUAGUUUUCCUUAACCUGCCAUAUUCAAUCCUACUUUACCCUACCCUACCAUAGCCUUUUCUUCAAGCCUAGCUACAUACACCCUAGUUUAGCUUUUUUCUACACCUACUCUCUUUCCAGCUUAACUUACUUUUCCCUACCAUAUCUUGCUUUAUUUCAUUCUACGCUAGUUCACUUAACUUUGUUUUACCUUCGUAUCUUAAUUCCCUACAUCAUAACCAUAAAAAUUUCCCGUAAUACAUAUAAACCUCAAAAUUCUGCAUACCAUUAUACAACCCUAAUUGAUUAUAAAACUUCUUUUUAAAAAAAUUUUUUUUAGGUAAAAACCUGGUUCCAAAACCGUCGAAUGAAAGACAAAAAGUGUCCGAAUGGUAAAUCUGGCGAUAGUACUAUUGAUGACGGUCAGGAAUCGCCAGAGGAAGAAUAA